UCCCCUCUCUCUAACUCAUAUUCCAUAGCCUCUCAAGUCUCCAGCUUAAAACCCAAACCCUAAGUUUCUUUUUGUUUUCAUUUUCGGGGAACAUUACUGAUGUUGUGAGCUGUGAUGGAUAUGACGACCCAUCCAACAAUAACAGCUCCUCCUAAAUCACCCGAACCAGAACCAGAAACUCCGACCCGGAUCCAACCAGCCAAACCCAUUUCCUUCAGCAACGGCAUCAUCAAACGCUACCACCAUCCUACUCUUCUCUUCACUUACAAAGAAUGUCUCAAAAAUCAUGCCGCAGCGUUAGGUAGCCACGCGUUAGACGGUUGCGGCGAAUUCAUGCCGUCUCCUUCGUUUGUCUCCACCGAUCCAACUUCUCUCAAAUGUGCAGCUUGUGGUUGCCACCGUAAUUUCCACCGCCGAGAACCAGACAACGACUCCUCAACCCCUCAACCACCUCCCUCCAUAGCCGCAGCAAUUGAGUAUCAGCCUCACCACCGUCACCAUCCACCACCACCACCUCCACCACAAGCAGCUCCCCACCUUCCUCCUAGUAGCCCUAACUCAGCUUCUCCUCCGCCAAUUUCCUCCUCUUACAUGCUCUUAUCUCUCUCCGGGACUAAUAACAACAACUUAGCUUUCUCCGGAAACAACAACCAAACCGGAUCUCGUAAGCGGUUCCGAACGAAGUUCAGCCAGUUUCAGAAAGAGAAGAUGCACGAGUUCGCCGACCGUGUCGGGUGGAAGAUGCAGAAACGCGACGAAGACGAUGUCCGAGAAUUCUGCCGUCAGAUCGGAGUUGACAAAAGCGUUCUCAAAGUCUGGAUGCACAACAACAAAAACACCUUCAACCGCCGUGAUAUCCAGUUCUCCGUCGCCGGCGAAAUGGAUAACGGCGGUGGAGCAAUCCACGCUCCGGUUCCCACCGGUGAAACGAACAAUAACGGAGGCAACGAGCUUCACCACAGUGUUAGUAGCGGAGGAGGUGGGUUUGAUAGUGAUAGUGGUGGCGGUGGAGCUCACGGUGGUCACGUAAACGGGUCGUCGUCCUCGUGAAGUAAAGAUCAGAGUCAGAUUCAAUAAAGAAGCUUAAGCUUUGUAGCUUUAGACUAAGCCACUCGUAUUAUCAUCGUUAAUAACUUCUACUAAUUUUAUUUAAAAACCUUAAGCUGUGUUUCGGUUUUAGUUUAAUUUUUAGUUUUAAUUAAAUGUACUUUUACCACGACGUGUUGUCUCGCUUGAUGAGGAAUAAUAGCAUUGCAA